CAGGCUGUUUCUGGGAGACUGGAACGGUGCGAGAGAUUUCUGUGCAACGGACCAAAAUUGCACCUUCUCUCCGCGAACAGUAUCAUCAUAGCAGAGGCCGCGUGGGUGAGCAGAACAGGCCGACUCGAUCAACAAGUUGAAGGACCGAGUGCAAGUACUUUUGGUACGUAUGCAUCAACACAUGCUCGGGAACGUACAAGUAGAGACCGUAGAGCGGCAGGGACACAUCAGAUCAUCAGCCAUUAUUGUUGCAAAACGGCAAGGCUCCCUGUCUGCGCAACUUUCUCCCAUCGUCCGCUGCAAUCAUGGUCCAUGGUCGAUGGUCGAUGGAGACGGCGCCCUGUGUUGCACCGUGCCCGCCCUUGCGAGCGUGCCAUGCGAGCCAUGGAGGCCCUGCGCAACCCUCCGAAGUCCCAUAAAAGAUGCAGAUGACAUGGCCUUCAUAUUGCCCCUUAUGCGAGUAGAUAUCUGCUGGAUGCAUUCCCAUCAACGCUCACCGCCGCCAAGCUUCAGUCUGCGCACGCCGCUCGCCGCACACCCAUCUUCAACGCCAUCUCCAACCCGGUCCUCCCUCCCCUUCUCUGCCCAGCCAUCAUUAAUCAUUAGCGGGGGAGCUUCAGGUGUCGCGCUUACGGCACGCCACUAGCCUACUACAGGGAGUCUACUUGCAUUGCUCUCACUCACUUGGUCUGCUCACUACUGCUCCGUGCUCUGCAGGCGGCUGAACACCCGGCCCUGGUGUUUCUCUCCAGACCUCUCCUCCUCCACUGCUGCUGAUGCGGUAUAUUGCCAUGGGCCCGGAGCUCCAUCGCGCGUAGUCCCAGUUUGCCCACCGCCGUCUUCCCUCCUGCCUCCCUCCGCCUCUCUCGCCGUUGCACUC